AACUUAUAAAGAAACAAAAUGAUUGAUCAAGCACUCGAUGAUCAUAUUUCCGAAAACGAAGAAGAAGAAAAUUUAUUUCAAGAUGUAGAUAUAUUACAAAAACACGGGAUUAAUGUUGCAGACAUAAAAAAAUUAAAAGGUGCGGGAAUUUGCACGAUCAAAGGCGUUCAAAUGACAACAAAAAAGAAAUUAUGUAAUAUUAAAGGAUUUUCUGACACUAAAGUAGAAAAAAUAAAGGAAGCAUGUCAAAAAGUUGUCGCACUUGGCUUUAUGACAGCUUUGGAAGUUAGUGAUCGUCGCAAACAAGUAUUUAAAAUUAGCACAGGAAGUAUCGACUUAGAUAAACUACUUGGUGGCGGGAUAGAGUCGAUGGCUAUAACGGAAGUGUUUGGAGAGUUCCGUACGGGUAAAACUCAACUUUCGCACACUCUAUGUGUUACGUCACAAAUACCCAAUUCAUCAGGCUAUCAUGGAGGGAAGGUCAUGUUUCUUGAUACAGAACACACUUUUCGUCCCGAUAGAUUACGACCAAUAGCUGACAGAUUUAACUUGGAUCAAAACGCAGUUUUAGACAACGUGCUCUAUGCCAGAGCAUACACAUCUGAACAUCAGGCAGAGUUGUUAGACUACGUAGCGGCGAAGUUCUACGAAGAGGCCGGUGUCUUUAAGCUGCUAAUCAUCGAUUCCAUAAUGGCGCUGUUCCGGGUCGACUUCUCCGGUCGCGGGGAGCUCGCUGACAGGCAACAGAAAUUGGCACAAGUUCUCUCCAGACUACAAAAGAUAUCAGAAGAAUACAAUGUAGCAGUUUUCAUAACGAAUCAAAUGACCGCCGACCCUGGUGCGACAAUGUCAUUUCAAGCGGACCCGAAGAAGCCCAUAGGGGGUAAUAUUUUAGCGCAUGCGUCAACUACAAGAAUUUCUCUGAGAAAAGGCAGAGGUGAGAACAGGAUCGCAAAAAUCUACGAUUCACCCGACCUACCUGAAAGCGAAGCAACAUUUGCUAUAACCAACGGAGGUGUUUCUGACGCCAAAGACUAA